AUGAGCUCUCAAGUAUGCAGAUCUGCUUCCCGAGCUGCCAGGUCUCUACUUUCUGCUUCUAUGCAGACCUCUCAUGUCUUUUCUGAAAGUCGAGCUGUAGCUAGUGCUGCGACAGUUUUAUUAAGAGGAAAUGUGCCUUAUUUAGCUUCAUACGAGAAGACCGAUUCUGGAAAUACGUCCCGAGGAUGGAUGUCUGGGGCGCUUGCCCUUCCUGCUGCAGCCUACAUGCUUCAGGAGCAGGAGGCGCAUGCUGCAGAGAUGGAGCGCACUUUCAUUGCUAUCAAGCCCGAUGGUGUUCAGAGAGGGCUGAUUGCAGAAAUCAUAUCGCGUUUUGAGCGAAAAGGUUUUAAGCUUGUGGCGAUUAAAAUAGUGGUUCCUUCAAAGGCUUUUGCCCAAAAGCAUUAUCCUGAUCUCAAGGAAAGACCUUUCUUUAAUGGCCUGUGCAACUUCCUUAGUUCUGGCCCUGUCAUUGCAAUGGUCUGGGAAGGCGAAGGAGUGAUAACAUAUGGCAGGAAGCUCAUUGGAGCCACUGACCCACAGAAAUCAGAAAUCAGCCAUGGGAGAGAUUGGACUUUUUGGUGUAAAUUCAGACUGUAAAACCCUUUAUCCAAGAAAGCAUGCCUGGAACAAAGUUGCAAAUAUAUUAUUUCUGGAGUCCCCAGCAGCCACUUUAUCACAUGGGCUUGUCCCCUCUCUCUCCUCCGUUUGAUUUCCAACUCCAUUAUUUUUUUUUUAUUUUCUCCAUACCAUUUUCCUUAUUUCCCCCAUCUUUCAUUUUUGAUUUCAAAUAUAUUUUUAUUCUUUUUUCUUUAUUUUUCUUUCACAUUAUUUUUAAUCUUUUUCUAAUUCCAUUCAUACCAUAUAGCUUUGCACACCAAACCAUAUUUUAUUUAUCUCAGGGAUCCACCCCGAUCACAAUUUUACACAAAAAAAAAAAAAAAAAA